AUGUACCAUUGCUGCUCCGCAGUCACAUUUGACCAGGAUUUAAACAAGAAAAUGCAGAUGUGGAUUCUCCAGACGACCGCAUUUGCUUUGACAUCCCUGGUUCUCUCUUGGGCAGAAACAAUAGAAUCCUAUGGAGAGGUGUGUGACAACUGUCCUUGUGAGGAGCGAGAUGGCAUCUUAUCAGUGAACUGUGAGAACAGAGGGAUCAUUAGCCUUUCUGAGAUUACCCCUCCACGUUUCUCAGUCUAUCAUCUCUUCUUAUUUGGGAAUCUCUUAAAUCGCCUAUAUUUCAAUGAAUUUGUCAACUACACUGGGGCUUCUAUAUUGCAUCUUGGUAAUAAUGACAUACAGGAGAUUGAAACUGGGUCAUUUAACGGACUUCAGGGUCUAAAAAGGCUUCAUCUCAACAACAACAAGCUGGAACUUCUUAAGAAUGAUACCUUCCUUGGCCUUGAGAGCCUGGAGUAUUUGCAAGUUGAUUAUAACUACAUUAUCUCCAUUGAGCCUAAUGCUUUCAGUAGGCUUCACACUUUGCAAGUCCUGAUCCUGAACGACAACCUUUUGUCCACUUUGCCCACCAAUCUUUUUCGUUUUGUCCCUUUAACACACCUAGACUUGAGAGGGAAUAGACUGAAAGUACUUCCUUUUGUGGGUCUGCUGGAACAUAUGGAUAAGGUUGUGGAGCUGCAACUGGAGGAGAAUCCCUGGAAUUGUUCUUGUGAGUUAAUUGCCCUGAAGGAUUGGCUGUAUAGUAUUUCUUACUCUGCUCUAGUCGGUGAUGUGGUUUGUGAAACCCCUUUUAGAUUAUAUGGGAGAGAUUUGGAUGAGAUUUCCAAGCAGGAAUUAUGCCCCAGGAAACUGAUCCCUUCCUAUGAAAUGCGACCACCAGUUCCUCGAAGUACAAACGAGUAUUUCCAUACCACUCCAGCCUCAGUAAAUUCUGGGGCCACCAUCUCUUCCUCUGUUUACAAAAACCCAACCAAACCUAAAAGCACACGGCAACCAAACAGACCAAGAGUACGAGCCACAUCCCACCACCCUCCCAAAGAAAAUGGAUACAUUGCUUAUCAGACCAAAUCCCCAGUGCCUUUGGAGUGUCCUACAAACUGUACGUGCAACCUACAGAUCUCCAAUCUGGGACUUAAUGUCAACUGUCAGGAGAGAAAGAUACAGAGUAUCUCUGACUUGCACCCAAAACCUUACAACCCCAAAAAGAUGUAUCUGACAGGCAAUUAUAUCACUCUGGUUCGUAGGUCUGAUUUUAUCGACUCCACUGGAUUGGACCUUUUGCAUCUUGGGAACAAUCGGAUAUCAGUCAUCCAAGAAAGAGCCUUUGAGGAUUUGACUAAUUUACGUAGACUGUACUUAAAUGGUAAUUCUAUUGAAAAGCUGACACCAAGCUUGUUAUAUGGCCUUCAAAGCCUUCAAUAUCUUUUCCUACAAUAUAAUGCAAUUAAGGUCAUCGAACCUGGAACAUUUGAUUCAGUUCCCAAUCUCCACCUUUUGUUCCUCAACAACAAUCUCCUGAAAUACUUACCUAGCAACAUUUUCUCGGGAUUGAAUCUCUCAAGGCUGAACCUGAGAAGUAACAAUUUUUCACACCUGACAGUGAGCGGAGUGUUGGACCAACUGAAAUCCUUAGUGCAGAUAGACCUCCAUGAGAAUCCCUGGGAUUGUACAUGCGAUGUGGUGGGGAUGAAGCUCUGGCUGGAGCAACUCAGUGUUGGGGUCUUGGUGGAUGAUGUCAUCUGUAAAAGCCCCAAAAAAUUUGCAAUGAAGGAAAUGAGACUGAUCAAGUCUGAUCUCCUUUGCCCAGAUUACUCUGACAUUAUAGUUCCCACCUCUACACCAUCAGAGGAGCAACCUCCAGAGAGCACCACCACCUUAAUUUAUCCCAUUAAAUUCAACAACGUGUCGAGCUCAGUGCCCUUGUCUGUGCUCAUACUGAGCUUGCUCUUGGUUUUCAUUAUGUCUGUGUUUGUUGCUGCAGGGCUAUUCGUCCUUGUGAUGAAAAGAAGGAAAAAGAAUCAGAACGAGCCAGCCAGCACAAAUAACUCAGACGUGAGCUCAUUCAACAUGCAGUACAGUGUGUACAGCAACAGACCUCUGCCUAAAGUGAAGACCCCAGCCGGCCAUGUCUAUGAGUACAUCCCCCACCCCAUGGGUCACAUGUGCAAAAACCCUAUCUAUAGAUCUAGGGAAGGCAAUUCUGUUGAUGAUUACAAGGAUCUACACGAACUUAAGGUCACCUACAGGAACCAUCUAGAAGAAGAAAGGGAGAGCAAUCUUAGGAGCCCAAGCUACAGUGUCAGCACUAUUGAGCCCAGGGUGGAGCUUUCUCCUGUGCAAGAUACAGAUCGUGUAUAUAGAGGGAUCCUAGAACCAGAUAAGGGACCUUCACCUGGAAAUAACAUUGAGUAUAAAUAUAGCAACCCCCCUGCUUUUACAUAUACCCCCAAAUAUGAAGCAAAGCGUCAAUUCUUGCAUCCGGACAGGUUAAGAGAAGCAGUGCUAUACAGCACACCCAGUACUGUCUAUGUGGAACCUAACAGGAAUGAAUAUCUGGAAUUAAAAGCUAAACUCAAUGUUGAGCCGGACUACCUCGAAGUGCUGGAGAAACAGACAACAUUCAGCCAGUUCUAG